CUCCCUUCCUAGUGCUCGAUAACCUUGUGGCCUUUCCAUUGGCUCCCUGCCUCAUGUGAAGGUGAUGGUGACACUCAUGGCAAAGAAAAAAAAAACUAUAUGCAGCUUCACACCAAAUCUUACUGCUGCCUGCAAUCUUGCUGCCUAUAUAUACCGCUUCCAGUUCAGCACGGCAGAAACUUACUCUUACAUUCUUGCAUAUUUCAGAGUUACAGAAGUGCCUGCCUUUGUAGAGUGUAGACAAGAGAAACGGAUCGAAUUCGAUCAACUGGGAAGGAAGAGUUGGCGUCAGAGAGAGGUAUCACGAGUGGAGGUGAUCGAAGCAGGCAUGCAAGAAGGGUACGUGUUCUCGAGGAGGGCGUUGCUGCUGCGCAUCUACGGGGAGAAUGCCGCCGCGAGCCAGGUGGUGGCCGGGCACGGGCAGGAAGCAGCUCCUCCGGCGGCCGACGGCGCCGGCAACAGCUUCGACGCGAACGUGGUCAUGAUCCUGGCCGUGCUCCUGUUCGCGCUCAUCUGCGCGCUGGGGCUCAACUCCAUUGUGCGGUGCGCGCUCCGGUGCUCGACCCGGAUGCCGGCGCCCGGCGGCUCGCGGCGGCGGCAGCAGGCGGCCGCGGGGGAGCCGGGGCUGCCGGUGGCGCGGCUGGCGCAGGCGGGCGCGCGGCGGAAGGCGCUGCGCGCGAUGCCGACGCUGGUGUACUCGGCGGGGCUGCUGCCGCUGCAGGCGGCCGGCGGCGGCGGCGGGCCCGUGUGCGCCAUCUGCCUGGGCGAGCUGGAGCCCGGGGAGCGCGUCCGCGUGCUGCCCAAGUGCAACCACGGCUUCCACGUCCGCUGCGUCGACCGGUGGCUGCUGGCGCGGUCCACAUGCCCGACGUGCCGGCAGCCGCUGUUCGCCGCGCUGCCCAAGGGCUCUGGCCCCGCCGACGCCGGCGCCGGCGCCGAGCCGCCGGUGCGGGCGUUCCUCAUGCCGCUCCGCCCGGAAGGUUUCGUCACGCCGUACGAUUUUUAGGAUACGAAUGGUCGCGUAGUCUUUGUGGUUUGUAGAGUAGAGUAUAUAUGCAAGCAAUACAUGGAUACACUGACCAGUUCAUUCUACGUUGCGCGGUGUUUAAUCCCUUUGUAUAAACAAGAUGCAAGAUGCCCUGUCCAA